AUGAAUUCGGAUAACUUUUUUGUGAUUAGCACGCAACGUGAAAAUGAAGGCAUCAUUUUCAAAGAUUAUCAUUUUGGAUUGAAACGAAGAAACAUGGAUGGGAGCAAAAUGUGGGUCUGUACAAAGAAAUCAUGCAAAGCUUCGAUCAAAACACAAGAAUCUUCCAUUAUCAAAAUGAAAUAUAUUAACCCAGAUGGAACCCAUGAUUAUGAACAUCCACCAAAAAUGUCUUUCAAUGUAUAUGAAUGUAUUCAAUCUAUCAAACAAAGAAUCGAUAAAGAACCAACAGCACCAGUUUCUAUGUUAUACGAUGAGCAAGUGAAAAAGUUCAGACGUGACUAUGGUAAUGCCGGUGCAAUUCCUGUAUUUGAUCGUGUGAAAUCUUCUUUAUAUGAAUAUCGUUCGUCGAAGCAACCAACAAUUCCAAAAACAUUAUCAUCGAUCGUUGUGCCUUACUCGCUUACUCGAACUUUAACUGAUGAAAAUUUCUUAUUCUGUAGUAAUGUUCAAUCAAUAUUUGGGUUUUCUUCACUUACUAGUCUUCAAUUACUUGGUUCAAAUCAACAUUGGAAUAGUGAUGGAACUUUUAGAACCGCUCCUCGAUUAUUUUAUCAAAGUUACAGAAUACAUAUAUGGGAUGAUUUCAGCAUGAAACCUGUAGUUUAUGCUGCCUUACCUAACAAGAACUUCGACACUUACGAUAGCUUAUUGGUUGAAUUGAUUAUUUAUGCUCAAAACAAUCAAAUCACCCUCGCUCCACAGUCAAUAUUAAUCGAUUUUGAGAUGGCGGCUUACAAAGCAUUUUUGAAAAACUUUCCAAUGGCAAAUAUAAAAGGAUGCCAAUUCCAUUUUGGCCAGAAUAUCUGGCGACAGAUAAAGAAGAAAGGUUUAAUUCCUUACUCUAAGGGUGAUGAAGCACGUCGUCAAAUAGCAAACAUAUUAUCCUUGCCUUUAUUACCACCUCAAAAAAUUCAGAUAGCAUUUUGCGAUAUUAUUGAAGAACUUAGUGGUGUCAAUGCUCGUUUCCUCAAGUUAACAGACUAUAUUCUUCGAACAUACAUUGACAAUGCAAUUUUUCCUUCUUCAUUCUGGAAUGUUUUUGAUCUUAUUGGCAUUCGACCAAGAACUAAUAACCACGUAGAAGGUUACCACGGACAAUUGAAUUGUCAUUGUUCAACUCAUCCAAAUUUAUGGGCGUGGAUAAGAUUUAUACAGGAGCUGGAAGAAUCAACGAUGGUUCGAGUAGACCAAGAACAAGCUCAACAACGGACAACACGUCGUAGAAAAGCAAAAACAGUAAUCAAUGAGAAUCUUCUAAUUCAAGCGAAACAGGAAUAUUUGGAUGGUAUCUUGGAUCUAACUGGUUAUCAGAAGCGAUUACGCAUUCUCUCUUAUCGAUAUAUCCAGGUGUUUGAUGCUAAUGAAAAAGACGAUCUUGAUUAUGAACCAAAGGACAAUUAA